AUGAACACCAACUCCACACAGAUACUGCAGCAGAGGAGCUGGAGGCAAGCCAGCCAAGGAAGGAGGGCGCGAGAGGGCCAGAUUGACAGAGGACAGAAGAGUGCGACUGAUACUCAGUCCGUUGUCGCUGAUCAGCUUACAGAAGAGCAGAUUGCUGAGUUCAAGGAGGCGUUUUCACUUUUUGACAAGGAUGGAGAUGGCACAAUUACCACCAAAGAGUUGGGCACAGUCAUGCGCUCUCUUGGGCAGAACCCCACUGAGGCAGAGUUGCAGGACAUGAUCAAUGAAGUUGAUGCAGAUGGAAAUGGCACGAUAGAUUUCCCUGAAUUCUUGACCAUGAUGGCCAGAAAAAUGAAGGAUACAGACAGUGAAGAGGAGAUCAGAGAAGCGUUCCGUGUCUUUGAUAAGGAUGGUAACGGCUACAUCAGUGCUGCUGAGCUCCGUCACGUGAUGACAAACCUCGGGGAGAAGUUAACUGACGAAGAAGUGGACGAGAUGAUUAGAGAAGCGGACAUCGAUGGAGACGGACAGGUCAACUAUGAAGAGUUCGUACAAAUGAUGACGGCAAAGUGA